UGUCAAUAACUAGAAUGUGUGUCAGUACCAGACUGAGGCAAAAACGAGCACUUUUCUUCUAACUUGUACGUAUAGUUAGUUAGUAAGUAAUUAAUUAAAGAAAGAAAGGUCAACAAAAUAAGUAACUAUGGAGUCACACAGAGCCUGCAUGAGUCACUCCUAACUUGCUAGCUGGCGUUGUGAAACAGCUGCUUAAGCAGACUAGCAUGCUAACAGGGUUAGCGUUCGGUUAAUGAUUUGCUUACGUAAUUCAUUUUAUGAAGGAAAAAACAAACAAACAAACAAAAAAAAAAGAGUGAAAGAACGCAGAUGAGAGAACAUGCCACCGCUGAAGUUCUGCGCCAAUGUCUCCUGGCUGUUCACGGAGCUGCCCGAGGUGAGGGAGAGACUGCGAGCAGCUGCGUGUGCAGGUUUCCAGGCUGUGGAGGCGGCUUGGCUGGACGGCUGUGACCUCAGAGAGCUCCAGAAAGUCCGAGAGGAAACAGGGCUGCAGGUGGCUCUUAUUAACACUCCUCCGGGUGAUGUACAGAAUGGUGAGCUGGGCCUGGGUGCUGUGCCAGGGAGAGAGCAGGAUUUCAGACAGGGUUUGGCUCAGGCUGUACAAUAUGCUAAAGCACUGGACUGCAAGAGGAUCCACGUGAUGGCAGGGCGAGUACCUGUAGGGGCACAGCUGUCUGACAUUGGUGUGGAAAUGGAAACCACCUUUGUGCAGAACCUGAAACAUGCUGCUGAUAUUCUAUCAAAGGAAUGCAUUAUGGGAUUGAUUGAGCCCAUCAACACAAGGAUAACCGACCCUCGAUACUUCCUGGACUCGCCACAUCAGGCGGCUGCAAUCCUUCAGAAAGUUGACCAUCCAAACAUCAAGCUGCAAAUGGUCACAUCCAGAUUGCUCAAGUCCCUGAUCGCCAUGAACCUGAUAGUCCUGGGGAGAUCAACUUUCCUUACAUCUUUAAGCUGCUGGAGGAACUGGGCUAUCAGGGAUUUGUGGGCUGUGAAUACAAACCUCUGGGUUCCACAGAAGGUGGCCUGGGCUGGGUGCAAAAAUACCGGGACAGUAAACAUUGACGAGUCACAAUAUCCGAAACCACACCAUCACUACUCUUGUGCACUGAUUUUGUACAUGUCUAUAAUCCAAGAAAGCACCACAACAGGUAACUUCCAAAAGAAGUACCAUAAUUCAUAUGGAAUAGCCAUAAUGAAUAUCCAAACCGUGGAUUGAUGACCGCUUUAGGACGCAUCCACAGUGGUGUGAUGGUGAAACUGGUGCUCCAGACAAAGUGAUGGAUGAUUGUGAUUUGAUUGACCUGUUUUAAUAAAAGUCACUGUGCACUGUU